AUGAACAUGAGAAAUUCCACUUUCGUGACAGAGUUCCUGCUGUUGGGAAUUCCUAAUACUGAAGGGCUGGAGAAUAUGCUCUUUGUCCUGUUUUUGGCCUUCUACCUUUUCACCUUACUGGGAAACCUGCUCAUCUUCCUCACCAUCCUGGCUUCCUCCAACCUCCACACGCCUAUGUACUUCUUUCUGGGAAACCUCUCAGUGUUUGACAUAUUUUUCCCUUCAGUGAGUUCCCCCAAAAUGAUGCUCUGCCUAAUGGGGCAGAGUUGCACCAUCUCAUACCAAGGCUGUGCAUUCCAACUCUUUUUUUACCAUGUUCUGGGUGGCACCGAGUGUUUCUUGUAUACCAUGAUGGCCUAUGACCGCUUUGUGGCCAUUUGUCACCCCUUGCGAUAUAGUGUCAUCAUGAACCACAGGGUGUGUACUAACCUGACACUGGGCACCUGGCUUGGGGGUUGCCUACAUGGAAGCAUCCUCACCUUUCUCAUCUUUAAGUUGCCCUACUGUGGCCCCAAUGAGGUGGACAAUUUCUUCUGUGAUAUCCCAGUGGUGCUGCCCCUGGCCUGUGCUGACACUUCUCUGGCUCAAACAGUGAGUUUUACUGAUGUGGAUAUUGUGACUUUGACAUGUUUUCUCCUUAUCCUCACUUCUUAUAGUCGCAUUGUCCUUUCCAUAUUGAAAAUCAGGUCAUCAGAAGGCAGGCUAAGAGCCUUUUCAACCUGUAGUGCCCACCUGAUUUCAAUCCUCUUGUUCUAUGGUCCUGUGAUGCUCAUCUAUCUCCAGCCUGUGUCCAGUCCCUGGCUGGAUUCCGUCAUUCAGGUGUUAAAUAAUAUUGUCACUCCUUCCCUUAAUCCUUUAAUUUACACCUUAAGAAACAAAGACGUGAAGUUGGCUCUGAAGAAGAUGUUAACUCAAGGGGUCCACAUUUCAGGGAUAUAA